AUGGACCGUUUCGAUGCAGAACGGGUCUUGCACGGAUGGCGGCUACAAUCUGGAGACCCGAUAUAUGGCAUACCUAUAGCCAGCCAAGCAGGCGACGAAAGUCUGCACAAAUCGCCACCGUCGUGCGCCUCCAUCUCCAAAAGUCUCAACGGGUCUGGCCCGGUCCGGAGUCAAAAGAACAACAAAAUUCGAAAGCCGAGAUUGUCUACAACCACUUCAAAGAAACAAAAGAGAAUCAUGUUUGACAGGCAUUCGAAGCCUGUCACUACUGAGCCUGUGACGAGUGACCCGAAGACCAAAUCUUUGAAUCCUCGCACAUCGCCUGACCCUCUUCGCCGCAAUGAAUCACUCCACGGUAUGCUUUCCAUGGUUACAAUUACUCAGAACGAACGGGAUCUACUACUCAAUCUCACGGUCCCCAUCACCUGUGGCGACAGUCCGCAAGGCGAAACUGCCGAGCUUGUCGAUUUCAAUUCGCCGCUUGACACUGAUUUGGCUUCUGUGUUCAGAGAAGCCGACGAACGGUUGGACCAACGACCACUGGCUCAUCCUCCCGGGCCAGCUUUGUUGCCGGAACUCGACAACACUAUCGGCUCUAGCAGACUGAAGAACUGCGAUCUUGAUAUCAUCUUUUCCGAAUACUGUGGCAAUGUUAAUGCCCAUGGCCUAGUUUCCGGCUAA